AUGCUGCCCCUGCUGCCCCUGCUGCCCCUGCUCCCAUGGAUCCUAUUGCUGCUGCGUGCAUGUACAUGCAUGUCACUCCUGCAUGCCACAGAAACGUCUGUAGAGACUGGCACCGCCGGGGCACUCUCCCAGCCCCUGGCUAGGCAAUACAGCGGCGCAGCUGGCUACACCAACGUUAUUGCACCUGAUGGCAAGUGUUGUUGGGACAUCUACAGUGACAACUUUGCAGCCCGAAACUACACCAUCACAGGUCCCUCUGGGACAAAUGGCCCGUGGGACUACUCAGGCCAAUGGUAUGAGCGUGCGGACUUCUGUGACCGGGAGGGCGCCGCCUUCUGGCCGGCGGCAACAGAUCCGAGGCCGCCCAUUCCACCAGUUAUGCCAAAACCGCCGGAAGCUCCUGCUGCUCCUCCGCUUCCUCCAAAUGCACCGCAAUUAAAAAGUCCGCCAAGCAGCAUGCCGUUACCGCCCUCACCCAUCAUGUACAACAACUGCUCUCUUGCCAUAAAGGAGGUCAGCUUCGCCAUUCCCUCCAUCUCUAGAGGCCCAUUCUACAUCGCUAUCUCGGUUCUUCACGGUGGUUCAGCGUACUGCAAGCUUUGUGGUUGCCGUGUGUCGUACAUUAUUUUGGAGCGCGGUGCAUCAACGCUUUACACCUCUUCAUCAUCACCUUCAGCCCCAGAAUCGGCAAAAGGCGGAUACGUAUCCGGAGAUGAUGGUUCGGGCACAAUGGAUGGCCCGAGUCCUGCAGCACAGCCCAAGCUGCCAUCAAUUGACGACCUAUUCCAGCUUGGCAUGAAUCCAACAGGGAUAGCGCUCCCUGGAGGCCUAAGGGAAAUGAAUAUUACCACUGUGCCGACGUCGUCCAUGCCAGGGCAGCAAACUAAUGAGAGCAGCGGCGGCGGGGACUCAUCCAGCAACAAUACAGACCCGGGGCACAGCAACAACACGGGUGUCACAGUCACACCCGGGGAGAGCCCAGCAGCGGCUUGGAUGGUACAGCCCGAGCGCAGUGGCGACUACCUCUUCAGAAUGGAGGUAGGGACCAAUUUGUGGUGGCGCUGGGUGGUGGUGGACAUUGAUCCUCCACGGCUUUCUGGGCAGCUGUCUGUGUCCAAAGCAACAGUGACAUUCGGCAGCCAAGCCCUAGCUGCACAAAGCGGCGUUGGUAAUGCUGCAUCUGUGCGAUACUUGCUGGUUUUGCUUAAUAUGUCCGAGCCCGUUCACAAAUUUGACACGGCAACAGCUUUGCAGCUCAGUGACAGCGUAUCAGUCCUCCGUGCGGAGUGCUUUGAGGACAUUGAAACGGCAGCAAAGAUAGCGGGAGACGCGCCGACCACGGUGGCGGCCACCGUGACGGCGCCCAACCCCCCUGGGCCACCGCCAACCCCAGCAGCGUCAUCAGCUAUCAGCAAACUGUUGCAGCUCGGAGACGGGGUCAUGAAGUAUGCUGUGGCAUCUGGUGUGCCAUUCGUACGGUCUUGCCUGGUUGUGUUGUACACCCCAGAAGGCAGCAGGGCAUCGGUAACGCUGCCAGAGGGCGCUGUUCGUGAUUUCACAGGCAACCUGAAUUCCAGGCCAUUGCUUCUGGAGGCACAGCUGCCGGGUGCAGUGAUGCAGUCGUCGUCAUCCUCUGCCGAUGCUGCGAGCACUUUGGGGCCGGCCGGCACCUUCAUAAGCGGCUUUCUUUCCACCACCACAGCCGCCGCGGCAUCGGCAUCCUCCCUGUCAAUCUUAACUUCACGCCUCUCCAUGCUGCAAAACGCGUACCACUUUCAGUUGCUGGCCAUGACUGCUAGCCUUGCUUCACCUGGUGUCAGCCAUCGCUAUCGUCUUGUCGCGGGUAACCUGCGCUGGUCAGUCAUGAGCAUCCAGGGCAACAUCCCGAUCCUGGAUACCGCCUUUGGCAAACCGAUGGAGGUCAAGGUGGCAGACCAGCUCCCAACGCCAGCGCUCCGACCAGCGGGUGCACCGACGGCGCGUGCGUUGCUUUCAACAUUGAACGAUGACAGUUAUGCUUCCAGUUUUCGCAGCAGCCGCUAUCGGCGGGACCGCUCCUUGGCAGCGGCUGUGGUGAAUCCGAUACCACAGCAGACACAACCUUCGUUGAGCCCUUCGGCACCGCCAACGGGCCUCAACAUUGGCAGUAGCCAGCCGGCACAUGCCAGCAGCAAUUCUUCAGCAGCUAGCGGAGAGACCGCUAACACGUACAAAAAGCAGCAGGACAGCUUGAUCGCUUGGCUGUGGAGCAUGUCACAAUUUUCAUCUGGGGACAACAACAACAGCAGUAGCUAUAACAGUAGUACAAACAACGACACUGUGGUGAACAACUACGUUAUCGGGGGCGCAGCCAGUGGAAACGGCAGCGUGGAUGUGUUGGCGGUUGACCCCAGUGGACGGGUCCUUUCGAAGAAUGGUUCCCAUAACUACCGAAGCUCAAACCUACCGCCUCCGCCAGCCACGGGGACACCACCUAACAACAGCACUGCGAAACCGACACUCCGAGUGAACACGCAAGACUUGAUUUAUACCCUCGGCACUGCGGUAGUCCUUUUGGCCGCUGUGAUGCUCGGCCACGCUUUGGUGGCCCUCCUUUGUCGCCUGUACUUGGGGCCAGAUCUUCCGGCUGUGCUGCAAUUCCCGAGGAUGGAGGUGGCCCUGGCAAGCGUCAUCCCAGGGUUUGAUCCGUUACACUACCUCUCCCUACGAACGCGGAGGGGGGUUAAGAACGUUCUUAAGUCGUUCUUAGCCCAGCCAAAUUGA